UGCUGUUUGGCAAUGUGGGCGAAGAAGAGGCCACGGGAAGAUCCAUCCAAUGCCGAUCGCGAUCGUGAGUCUCUAGGUCGAAAUCUCUUUUUUGAUCCAGAUGAAGAAGCAUUGCCCGGAUCCUAUUCCAAUGCGCUGAUCGGCGAUCGUGUGAAGAACACCGUAUUCCAGGCGCGAGAGAGAACACUAGACAAAGUUCUCAGCGAUCUGGCAUGGAAUGGGCAGAGAGAGCUCAUCCCGGCGAUUCCCUUGUGCCGGCUAGCGCAAACCCAUCUCGUCCGCCGCGCCAGCCAGGUAAACUCCGAGCUCUACACCGCCUUCGCCAACCUGGGCUUCGUCGCGAGCGCUGGAAGCUCCAGCUUCAUCGUCUCACCGUUUGCUCCCGGGGCGACGAGGAUGGAGGCGGUGACUAGCGCCGCCAGAGACUCGUGGGACGAGAUCUGGCGGAGGAAAUCGGCGGCUUUCGACCGAGCUUUGGAUCAACACCCCGGGACGAAGCAUCUGGUUGGAAAGAUGUUCUUCGUGGUGGAUGGAAACCACCGGUUGCUGGCGUGGAUGAAGUGUAUCCAGGAUCGUUUCUCGGGUGAUCUCGAGCGGCAUAUCGAGGUCCCGGUGGUGAUGAUCGCUGCCAGAGACGAGAAAGAGCUGCUCAAGCUCAAGAGUGCCUGCCACAAACUCAACGAGUAA